AGACAAAAUCCAUAUGCAUGUGUAUAAUCGGGCGAGUUCGGGUUGGAUAGUGAGAAACCCAUGCCCACUCAUUACCCGCAAUAUUCGGGUUCGGAUUUUACCCGCACACACUAAAUGUCCUUCGAGUUCGGGUUUUACCCUACCCGAUUAGACCGGAUUCGGGUGGAUAUCCACGGUUACGGAUAUUUUUGCCAUCCUACUUCCCUCCCGGCAUAGCAUAAGCACCGAUUCUGACAUCAGCUUGCUCCACGAACGAAUCCAGUACCGGCGCUGGUUCCGGCAGCCAGGUUAAAAAAUGACGACGAGAUCGAAUUUCUACAAGAAUUCCUCAAUCUCAUACAAGAAGGAUUUGAGCGUCUCUUCUGUGAUUCAGAACCUCAAAGCUUAUAACGUUGCAACGGGAAAUGUUCCCGUGACCGAUGACCAACCGCGCACCGGCGAGGGAAAGGAGGGUCGGGAAAAGCGAAAAGUUCGCGCCGAAAAACCUCCUCGACCUAGCAAGCGCCGGGAAGUUGAGGAGGAUGAUGAUCGGCCGAUGUCUCACCAGGAUUACGUCGAUAAAAUCAGGAAAGAAGCCAGCUCAUCUCAGCCUUAUGAAUCACUGAGUGCUGAUGUUUUGGAGAAUUCGAAAUCGGUGUUGAAUUUGGUGGCCUAUGGAAGCGAUGAAAGCAGUUCUUCAGAAUCUGAGGUGGAGGGUACUUCACAGACUGGUCAGACAAAUGAAGUUGACCAAAUCAAGACAAGAGACGAACAGCGGUUUCCAAUUGCUGGAGAACCAUUCUGUGUGGUAUGCGGUAAAUAUGGGGAGUACAUCUGCGACGAGACAGAUGAUGAUAUAUGUAGUCUGGAAUGCAAGGCUGAGCUUAUACGGAGGCUACAAUGUGCUAAGAGAGCACAAAGCAACAUUAACAGUGAUGUCUCCCCAUCUAAACUCCAAGGUGUACAAGUAAUGCCUGAGUUUAGGGAUGGCACUUGGGACUACAAACAGAACUGCUGGUCCAAACAGAGAUCAAAUCUUUGUACCUAUGAAUGCUGGAAAUGCCAUAAACCUGGGCACCUUGCAGAAGACUGUUUGGCAGAAUCAGAGGACCAGGCUUUAGCUAGGAGAUCGAAUUCCAUAUCUAAGGAUCUCCGUGGACUUUACAGAAGAUGCCAUCAGAUGGGUGACAAAUUAUCUGGAGCAAACUGCAGCUCAUGCCGCAGCUCUUUAAGCUUAGCUACUUGUCUGGAUUGCAAUGCUGUCUUUUGUGAUGAUGCAGGACACUUAAAUGAGCAUAUCAGGACGCACCUAUCCCAUCAGCAAUAUUACUCCCAUAAACUUAAACGACUUGUGAAAUGCUGCAAAUCAACAUGCAAGGUGACUAAGAUGAGGGAUCUUUUGGUUUGCCAGUUCUGCUUUGACAAAGCUUUCGACAAGUUCUAUGAUAUGUAUACCGCAAGUUGGAAACCUACUGGACUUUCAAUCAUCUCGGGUUCUAUUUGCUGCGAAGAUCACUUUGAAUGGCAUAGAAUGAAUUGCUUGAAUGCAGACCUUGAAGAGAAGGCAUAUAUUCUAUCCAGAAGUCCACAGAAGGGCAAGUCCGUUCAACUAAGCGACUUCAUUUUCUGAGAAGCAAAAAUUACUUCCCUGAAAUUGUCCUAGCCUUUUCCGUACGCAACUGGUGAGUGCGAGUGUAUCAUUGGAAACAAAAAGUUAGGAAGGCAAGAUCGAACAAAAAUUUGGUAUCUCUAAUUAUACUAUGGGUCUUUUGGAAGUUGUUAUUGUUAAAUAGAUGUAUUGUUGAGAAUGCAUAUAUAAUAUUAUACAUGUAUUGUCAAAUUUGAUGCAUUGUAGAAUACAACGUUUGGUAUGUGUGAUUGUGUAUGUCGCAUCAGCUAAAAGCUGAGACAAAACAAUCUCAACUCAACUAUCUCAAUAAUCACAACUAAAAGUUGAGAUAUAACAAUAACUCAAAAUGAGUGAUAGUUUCUGUCACAUCACAGAAACAAUCCAUGUAUUGUUUUUGUUAAAAAAAAAACGAUGCAUUGUAAACAAUAUAUGCAUAAUGACAAUCUCAACAAAACUAUCGCAACUUUCAAACGAUCCUAUGUUUCAAAAUUUUGGCAUCUCCAUUAAAUUGAAUUGCUUGCUGGCCUCUUUCCUCCCUCUUUGUGAAAUGGCGCCCAACGUGUCAACUUUCUCCAAUUCUCGAGCUAUGCAUGUAAAAGUUCAAACAUGCAGUUGCUCAAAGCUAUUUUGUAUUAUCAUGAACCUAUAUUAGAUUUAAGACUAUGAAUAUUUAAGUAAAUAUUUUAUUUUUAUACUAGCUACUAUAAAUAUUGCGAAUUAAUAAAAAGCAUUUUGUGAGAAAUAAUAGGGGAGAAAGACAUUUUCAAAAAAAAAGAAGAAUAAAUAGCACUUUUAUAAACGGUGCGAGGGAUCCUCAAAAAGAAGUGAAAACGGUUGAAGGGGAAAAGUAUAGAGAAGCAAGGAAGGCUGGUGUAGACACCACUUUUUGUCCAGGUUAAAACAUAUUUAAUCAAUUAAAAUUUAGAUUCAGUUUAAGGUUUGCUAUAGCAAACCUUGAAUGGCCUUCUAGCUUAAACAUACUUGUAAUGCUUGGGUUGAGUCCAGUUUGCAAUUAGUCAAUGAGAUUAGCAAUAGCAAAUCUCAGUUGGUACUACCUAUUAGUAACGGAGUUGACGUGUUUAGACGAAUUAGACUUGAGUUCGAUUUUGGUUGUCAUGCAAGUGACCAAUUCUUAAAACAUUGAGUCUUGUGAAAUUGGGUGCAAUUCCUAAAUAAUAAAAUAAAACUCAUAUAAAUUAUAUUAAGAUAAAUACAAUACUAAAUAACUAAAUCAUGAUUACAAUGCAUAACAAUUACAACCAAUUCCCCUACAGUAAACUAUUUACAAUUGUACAACAAAAGAAAUUAUAAUUAUAUAAUAAAAAAAUUGGGCUCAAGUCCAAGCCCAAGCAGCAGUCAACUCUUGUCAAUGCAAGUCAACCGGCCAACCCAAGGUUGAAUCAAGGCCCAGUCAGAUCAACCAAACCCAAAUCAAGUCCAAAGUCAGGUCCAAGGUCAACAACAGUCCAGGCACAAGGCCAUUUUCUGAACAAGCCUACUAAUCAACUCGGUUCGACUAGAAAACAACAGGGUUUGGUCCAACCAAAAUUACCCGACCCGUCAACUUUGGCUAUAAAAGAAGCCCCUUGGCUCUGCUUUCGGACAUACACAACAGAUAAGGGUAAGCUGAUUAAAAUAUCUUCUUCUUCUUCCUCAUUUUUUUCUUUCCUUCCUACAAUAAACAGACAGUUCCAAA